UACCCGGCGCGUAGGUUGGCAACGCUAAAUUUGAACGAUUUCGGCUGGAACACCGCCAUCUGCAAACGGCGUUCCGAACCAUCGCGAGACCACCGACACACAUGCAACCGAUUCGAACUGUCCUGAGCAUCAUCAACAGUUCCGAGAGACGCGAAAGUGGAAGUUCGUGUUCCGUAGAAUGCGAGAACCGUUAUGGCCAGCUUUCGUUGAAGUAUUUGGUUACCGAAACACGAGAAGCCAGUAAUUACUCGCGCCGCGGUCGGAUAUGGCGGAGGAUCCGGAGGACGAACGGCCGAACAAUGUUCUUCUAUUUCGCAUCGCCAUUUCAAAUUGCUUCAAAAGCAUCGCGGAAUCGGUUGGUCAGGACACAUUUUCCGACAUUUUGGCGGCAUUGAAAUCACAGCCAUUGGACGAGCAUACUAUACAACAAUUGCAUGCGGCUAUGAUUAGAGAACUUCACGAUGGCAUGAUCAACGAUUUGGAAGGUAUAUUGAGCGAAGGAAGUAUGGAGGAAGCUUUAGCGAAAUUAGCAAAGUUGUGCGCGGAUUCAUCUACGCAAGAAGAAGCCUGGAGACCACCCGGGAAUGUAACUUUACAUUUACGCUCUUUGGACGCACAAGUGAUGGAAGAAGAAAUUGAUCUGUUGGCGAAACGUGUGAACGAAAUUGAAGAAGAAAAUAAAGUUUUAAUGAAAGAUAUCUCGGAGAGAAGGUCAAAAGUGUCUGCGUUACACGAUACUAUAACGCGGACGUUAAGUAGAACGCCAAACGCAAUUGAAUUAUUACACAACAGGAUGGAAGAUCUAGAAAAAUGUUUGGAGUUCUUAGACCAUGAAUAAACAACGAUGUAUUGGAAAUUAGAAUCAAUGAGCACAGAGAAUGUUUUAUAAAUAUGUACACAGGAAACGGUAUGCGUGUGCGAGAAUGAAUUGCGUUUAAUUAAGAUUCUACUAGAUAGUUAUUAUUGCUGGUUCUGACCUCAGACUAGAAUGAUGUACAUAAGUAUCGCCAUUGUUACUACAUCUUGUUUAUACAGUAUUUUGAUUAGAAAUGUUCGUUCCAGUAAUUCUGGGAUCACGUAAA